UUUCUGCGAAUCCCGGGGAGAGGCGGAGCCGCCCGCAGCCGGCCCGGGUAUAAAAGAGCCGGGGCUGAGCGACAGCGGAGCAGUCCGGCUCCAGCGCAGCCACCAGCCUGGCUAGGCUACGAGCUCCGCGCAGGGCUCGCUGGCAGAGUAUGGUGGCGCGACUGCGGGUGCCAGCCCUAGGAGUGCACCACUGCGCGCGGGGGCCGGGAGCGCGCUGCGCGGGUUGAUGGCGCAGCGCUGAUCCCCGCGGCCCAGGGCAGAGAAGAAUAGCUGCUAGAGAGCUGCACCGCCCUGGCCACUGACGCUAUGGAAGACCGCAUCCGCUGGUCUAGUCUAUAGGAUGGUAGCGCACAGUAAGGUGGCAGCAGAUAAUGCAGUUGCAGCAGACCCAAGAUGUCGACUUGACCCUCCAGCACGGGAUCAUUCUCAGCCUAGAGGUUACCAUGGCCCGGCUCGGUCCAACACUGUGCAAGCACAGAGCGACACACAUUUCCGAACCUUCCGCUCACAGGCGGAUUUCAGUAGCAUCACCCGAGCAAGUGCCCUACUGGAUGCAUGUGGCUUCUACUGGGGCCCACUGUCAGUCAGCGCAGCCCAUGAGAAGCUGAAAUCUGAGCCUGAGGGCACUUUCCUCCUCAGAGACAGCAGACAAAAAAAUUGCUUCUUUGCCAUCAGUGUUAAGACGGCUACUGGACCUACCAGCAUCCGAAUCAACUUUCAAGCUGGGCGUUUCAGCCUGGAUGGCAGCAAGGAGAGUUUUGACUGUCUCUUUAAGCUACUGGAACAUUAUAUAAGCUCCUCUAAGAAGGUGCUGGUCACCCCAUUACGCAAAGUCCGUUUACGGCCAUUGCAGGAGCUCUGCCGGAAAAGCAUUGUGGCAACAUUCGGGAGAGAGAAUUUAAACCACAUCCCUCUCAAUCCAGUUUUAAAGGACUACCUGAAAUCAUUUCCAUUUCAGAUAUAAAGAAAGCAUUAAGUAUGUGAGGUGUGAAGAUAGCUGUGUUUUUUAAUCUGAAUGACCAAAUUUAUUUUUGUAGCAGCUUACUGUAUUUUGGGAUGGAACCUAAACACUUGAUUACUUAUGUUUACACAAACUGUUUGCACAAACUCAGGGUUUUUAAACCCUGGCAUUAUUUUUCUGCUGGGCAGAAUAUUCUAUUUUAUAAUAUUUCUAAUGAAGAUAACCUAAUAAACUUUAUUAUAAAAGUUUUUUUAAAAAACAUAGCAUAUCUGGCGUCUUUAGUUAUCUGGGUUCUGAUUGCUGUGUCUUUAACAGUUAGGUGGAGGUGAUGGACCAGGUCUUUAGCUGGCGUAAUCCACUGGAGUCAAAGUUUCAUAGAUUUAUCCCAGCUGAGGAGCUGGUCCAAUAACUCAGCUGCUGCUAGCAGACAAAGACAGAUAUAGUACCUGGGACAGGGAGCAUCUAAUCUAAUGACCGAAUACACUAAGAAUAGGUCUGUAUUGGAUCCUUCUUUAGCUCCCCUAUAAAUCAACAGGAGCAGGGUACUGAUUUAUAACUUUGGUUUAUUUUAACAAUGAGACUAGCAGCAUAGGUGCUGAGACCUUCCUAAUUUUGUGAAAUAAGGCUUAUGGAGGGAUUUGAAUAUUUUAUAUAUCUGCUAUUUCCAUGUAGUAUUUGGAGGAUUAGGUAUGGUUGAUUGCUCUCCGUUCCAAGUUUAGACAUUUGUCCAGGGGGGAUUAAUAGAAGAAAAGAGCCAAGGUGCUGAAUAAAUACAACCUUUUUUGGAGGGGAGGAAACCUUUGUUGAAACUGCCUCUGUACUAUGCUUGGCUGUCCUGCAUGAUUCACAGAGGAGGGGGUAAUCCUCUAUCUUGGACUUGUCUAAUUUGUUAAAAGUUGCAUAUAGAAUUACAAGGCAGUAGGAAAGAAGCUUCUGUUUUACAGAACCAAACCACAUGAAUAUCAUUUUAACUGGAAUUUUCAAAGGUGCUUAAGGGAACUAAGUGUUCAGUUCCCAUAGUAUUUCAUUGGGGUUUGGGUACCUAGCAUUUGUAGGUUCCUCUGAACAUCCCAGCUUCUUUCCAGUUAAUAGAUUGCAUUAGUAAUUUGUUUACAUAGCAUUCCAGACAAGUGUAGUGUAAUCAAUGUAGCUCCUUAUAAGGAUAUUAUGAGCAUAACUGACUGGAAAUAGGGCUGUGAAUGGAAGGCCAGGAAAGUCCAUGAGACAGUCUUUCCUUUAAGAAGUCAUCUGGGUUAAACUUCCUGUAACCUAGUGCUUUCCCCAAAUGUUCAUACACAUCCUUGACAAUGAGAAUUAUGAAACUGUUUAAAGAACAGAAUGCACCAGACAAUUAAAGUAGCACAGAGCUAUUCAUAGCUAUGUGCUAGAUCAUUAUGGCUCUGUAUGCUGUUAAUGAAGUCACUUUAGGGUUUGGAGGUUAAGAAACCUCUUACAGUGCUGUAAUUCACCUUCUUUUUAGAAGUUAUUGCCACUCCAGGGACUCAGACUGUAAUGUGGUUUUUUAUUUAAUAUUUUAGCUUCAAGGUUAAAAAUACGCAAAAGCAAUUAAGGAUCUGAAAGUUAGUAUAAGCUUAGAAAGAUGUCAAAUACACAAGUUUAACAAUAUAGCAUGAUUGCUUGAGUACUGGCACAGCUGUCUUCCUAAAGCAUCAAAUCUUCCCUUCCUGGCAGAGUUCCCAUAACUGGGGUUAGCGCACACCACUUCUAUUUAAUUCUAAAGUUGGAAGCAGUUAC